UCUUCUUCUUCUUCUCUUCUGUGUCUUCCUAUUCCUUUCACUGUCAGUGUUUCUUCUUCCCCAUUUCAGAGAGAGAGAGAAGCAGAAAGCUGAAACCGUUUGCGACGACGUCGUUCCACGAAUUGAAACCUCUUUGAAUCAUUCUACGCUCUCUCUCCAGAAACCGAGGUUCCGUUUUCUCUUCUAUCGUUGAACAUUGUUCUCCACUUUAAAUCGAAACCACUCUUACAGUUAGAGGCGAGAGGUUAGGUCGUUCUCUCUUCAAAGCGUUUCCGAAAUGCAUCGGAGCGAACCGUUUCUUCUGUGCGCUCCGAAGCCGAUCGAGGAGUCGCCGACGCCGGCGGCGGCGGCUUGAUGGAAUCGGCGCCGACCGUGUUUCAGUGUUCGCCAUUCCAUGGAGUUCAUGGUUCGGUGUUGUAGUUCGUGCGCGCUGUCCAGAUUCCGUUGCAACUAUCGAUUCGCCGUCGUUGUUUUCGAGAUUGUAUUGAUAUUGGCAUGGUUGGAAAUCAAUAACGCAAAGCCCCAAGAACAUCAAUUUCAACGGGGAGGCUUGGAAGGGAGGAUUGAGAACAUUGCUUCACACUCCUGUAUACAUGACCAGAUACUUGAACAGAGAAAGCAACCUGGUCGCAAGGUGUAUUCAGUUACCCCGCAGGUUUACAAGCCUGGUCUCUUGAAACCCCUCCAGCAUAAAGGCAGGGCUUUACUUGGUGUAUCAACGUCAUCGGAGCCUCAAGGGAACAAAAAGCAACCUAUUAGGAUAUAUCUAAAUUAUGAUGCUGUUGGUCACUCCCCUGACAGGGAUUGUCAAAAAAUUGGUGAUAUUGUCAAGCUAGGGGAGCCACCCAUUACUUCUCUUCCUGGUUUGCCUUCUUGUAAUCCUCUUGCUGAUCCUCCUGUCUUUGGUGAUUGUUGGUAUAACUGCACUUCUGAAGAUAUCUCAGGAGAGGACAAAAAACAUCGCCUUCGUAAGGCAUUAGGUCAGACAGCUGACUGGUUUUGGAGAGCCUUGUCUGUUGAGCCUGUCAAGGGGAACUUGCGAUUAAGUGGAUACUCUGCAUGUGGACAAGAUGGAGGUGUGCCACUUCCUCAUGAAUAUGUUGAAGAGGGAGUCUCUGAUGCUGACUUAGUUCUCUUGGUGACUACAAGACCUACAACUGGGAAUACACUUGCUUGGGCUGUGGCAUGUGAACGGGACCAAUGGGGCCGUGCUAUAGCUGGACAUGUUAAUGUUGCUCCUCGUCAUUUGACAGCUGAGGCCGAAACUUUGCUUUCAGCUACUCUAAUACAUGAGGUUAUGCAUGUUCUUGGCUUUGAUCCUCAUGCCUUUGCUCAUUUUAGAGAUGAAAGGAAAAGACGCCGUAGUAAGGUUACUGAACAAGUUAUGGAUGAAAAGAUUGGGCGGAUGGUAACACGUGUGGUGCUUCCACGUGUAGUCAUGCAUUCUCGGCACCAUUACGCGUCGUUCUCAGGAAAUUUUACUGGUUUAGAGCUGGAAGAUGGUGGUGGGCGUGGCACAUCAGGGUCUCACUGGGAGAAGAGACUUCUGAUGAAUGAGAUCAUGACUGGUUCUGUGGAUACAAGAUCUGUAGUUUCAAAAAUGACUCUAGCUCUCUUAGAAGAUAGCGGAUGGUACAAAGCCAAUUAUAGCAUGGCAGACCAACUUGAUUGGGGUCGCAACCAGGGUACUGAGUUUGUUACCUCCCCUUGCAAUCUCUGGAAGGGAGCCUAUCAUUGCAACUCAACACAGUUUUCAGGCUGUACAUAUAACAGAGAGGCAGAGGGUUACUGCCCAAUUCUAACCUACAGUGGAGACCUUCCUCAGUGGGCCCAGUAUUUUCCUCAAGCUAAUAAAGACUGUGCUAGACUUCCAAUUAGAAACAUUUAUAAUAGGACAAAUAAUGGGAAGUUCAGAGUGGGUAAAAGGUCUAAUGGGCAGUUGAUGAUGUUACAGAGUUAG